UUAGAGAAAUGUUAAGAACAUAAAGAAAACUCUAAGGUAGGGAGAUAUGGAAGGCGUGGUCUGUAGUUGUGAAGAUAACAGGAAUUACUUGAGUUGAGGCUAAAUUCCUUAAAAUAAAUUCACAAGCUGACUCCCUAUGUGCAGGUCUCGUGCUGGAAAUUUGGCAGAAAAACUGAUGUUGACAAAAACCUGAGCAGGCGGCGUGCAGGCCUCCCCGAGCCUCCCUGAAGCCCAGGCUGAGAGCAGGUGCAGGCUCUGGUGCAGGUUUCUCCGACGCCCGCCUCCCCAGCUCCGCGCCUGGCCCCCCUCAGGCUGCGACCUUGGGUCGCCCUUCACUGUCUCUCCUUCUCACUGAUCUCACCCUUGAGAUGGGGGUGGUAAUAAGAGGUACGUAACACAUCCCUUUGUUAGGGCUGUAUGAGUAUAGGUACGUCAACCGUCCAGCGCAAUGUAUGAGAUUUUUUUUUUUUUUAAUGGGAACAGAACAGCUUAAGAGCUGGGGACCUGGAAUGGAGAUCAGGAGGGAGAUUUUUCUCCCACCCUUCUGAUUGGAAACCCAGGUGCCUGCGGCCCAGACUGUGUCGUAGGUCCGAGGGUUCCCGGCUAUGCUUAGUUCCUCUGAGGUCGCCCUCAGCGCGGACGCUAGGGGGAACCGCCCGGGCCACUCCCGGCGCCCCGCGCCGCAGCCCCGGCCGCCCCGGCCGCCCCGCCGAAGCGCCCCAAUCCCGCCUCCCCCCGACCCCCCGUAUUGGCCCGUGGCUGCUGCGCAUGCGCGCUGGAGACCCACGGCUGUUUGGCUGUUUCCAUGGCUACGAAGCCGGCCGGCUGGCCAGGGACCCCAGAGACAGACAAUGAAGCUCAAGAGCCUCCUGCUCCGGUACUACCCACCAGGAAUUAUGUUGGAAUAUGAAAAAAGCGGAGAAUUGAAGACCAAAUCCAUAGAUUUGCUUGAUCUUGAGCCCAGCACUGAUGUCAAUGCUUUAGUUGAAGAAAUCCGCAAAGCAGAACCUCUAAUCACAGCUUCGCGAACCGAGCAAGUCAAAUUUUUAAUACACAGAUUACAAGAGAAACUUGGCCAGCACGGCAACCACAAAUUCUAUCUUUUUAAGGUCCUCAGGGCACAUAUAUUGCCACUGACUAACGUUGCACUUAACAAAUCGGGCUCAUGCUUUAUCACAGGAAGCUAUGACCGCACCUGCAAGCUGUGGGACACGGCGUCUGGGGAGGAGCUGCACACCCUGGAGGGCCACAGGAACGUCGUUUAUGCCAUAGCCUUCAACAAUCCUUACGGUGACAAAAUUGCCACUGGGUCCUUUGAUAAGACUUGUAAACUAUGGAGUGUGGAGACAGGAAAAUGUUACCAUACCUUUAGGGGCCAUACAGCAGAAAUAGUGUGUUUAGCAUUUAACCCUCAAAGCACAUUGGUGGCUACCGGAAGUAUGGACACAACAGCAAAACUGUGGGAUAUUCGGAACGGAACGGAGGUGUUCACUUUAACAGGACACUCUGCUGAAAUCAUCUCCUUGUCAUUUAACACUUCAGGAGACAGAAUCAUCACGGGGUCGUUUGAUCACACAGUGGCAGUGUGGGAUGCUGAUACUGGAAGGAAGGCGUAUACUUUAAUUGGUCAUUGUGGUGAGAUUAGCAGUGCUGUAUUCAAUUGGGAUUGUUCUCUCAUAUUAACCGGCUCUAUGGACAAAACCUGCAUGCUAUGGGAUGCUACAAAUGGAAAAUGUGUGGCAACUUUAACAGGCCAUGAUGAUGAAAUACUAGAUAGCUGCUUUGAUUAUACUGGAAAGCUUAUUGCAACAGCUUCAGCAGAUGGUUUCAUCUUCCUGACGACCAGCUGGGAUGGAAACUGCUUCAUCUCCAUGGUGACCAUAUUUGUCUCUACAGUAUGUCCACAUCAUAUUAUGAUAACCUUGUGUGAUGCUACAUAAAGUCUGUGAUACCUCCCUGGUAACAUAUAUAAAUAAAUGCAUAUGGGUUCUUGGUCAUCUCCUUAUUAACUCUAGUCGACUGUCAAACAGGGCAGGGGUUAGGAAAACCAAUGCCUGUGCAGUUGCAAGUCUGCAUAUAACUUUUGACUCCCCCAAAACUUAAUGACUAAGAGCCUACUGUUGACUGGGAAGCCUUACUGAUAACACAGGUAACUGAUUAACACAUAUUUUGUACACCAUAUGUACCAUGGGCUGUAUUCUUGCAAUAAAGUAAGCUAGAAAAAGAAAAUAUUUUUAAGAGAAUCAUAAGGAAGAAAAAAUAUAACUAGUCAUUAAGCACAAAUGGAUCAUCAUAAAGGCCUUCCUCCUUGCUACCGUCAUGUUCAGUAGACUGAGGAGGAGGAGGAGAAAGAGGAGAACAAGGAGGACAGAGAGUUGGUCUUGUGUGGAAGGCAGGGCAGAGGCAGAGGCAGAAGAAAGUCCAUGUUAUUAGUCAGGUCAUGCCCAUUUUGCUCAAAAGUCAGCUGUCAUGAUGAUGCUAUACUGUGUUGGCCUUGUCAACCUGCCUGCCAUGAAUGGUGCUGUAUGACUACACGACCUGCUCCAUCGUGUCUGCCCCAUCUCUGUGACGGAUGUACGUGAUGCUGUGCUAUACACCGUUUUUUCAAUUGCCAGUUAUGAUUCUGUACCACGUCUGUGUCAUCUUUUUGAUAUCCACAUAGGAUGCCAAACUAGGUGUGCCUCAAUUCCAUGAACUUCACAAGUGACACUACACUUGCCUGUCAUCGCCCUGUUACCAUGUACGGCCUUAUACUGUGUCUGUCUCAUUCCCUCAAGGACCGUGUAUUAUUCUACGCUGUAUCAUCAUCUCCUUGAAAGUUAUGGUUUAAUACUAUAUCGUUUUCUCUCAUUCCUUUAAAACCACACUUGAUGCUACGAAAUAUCUGCUUUUGACACUACAAUGUCUGCAUUCUCUUUGAUGACACACGAUACUAUUCUAUGUCUAUGCCAUAUUCUGAUCACCAAAUAAGAAACUACAUUAUGUGUGUGCCAUUUCCCUGAUUAUCAGGUGUGACGCUGUCUACAUCAUAUUGUUGGUUACCAUGUGUCAUAAAACACUGUACUUGCAAUGUCUUCAAAGCCACAGGUGAAGUUAUGCUCUACUUGGUUGCUACUUAUGACACGUAUGAUGUUAGCAUCAUAUCCUUGAUAACCAUGUAAGAUGCAAAACUGUGAGUCACCUUGGUGACAAAUACAUAUGAUGCUAUACUGUGCCUACAUCAUUGAAAGUGAUGUGUGUAUCAUCUCUGUGAUGUCUGUGUCAUCUCACUGACAACCAUCUAUAUUGGUGUACUAUGUAUACAUCGUAUCCUAGAUAGCAUUUUAUGAUACUAAACAACAGCUCAUCUUCAUGACAACCAUGUCUGAUGUUAUACUACAUACUAUCUCCUUGACAACCACGUACGGUGAUUUGUUAUGUCUGUGCUAUUUCCCUGACAAGUAUUUAUGAUGCUCCUCUUUGUAGCAUACUCCCGACAAGCACGUGUAACACUGUACGACUUCUGCGUUAUCUCCCUGACCACUCCCUACUUAACUCUACACUCUCUCCACACCAUGUCUUUAGAACCCCGUGAUACUAUGCUCUGUUUGCACCAUCCUUGGCAGGCACACAUGAUGCUACAGGAAGUUUAGUCAUUGCAUGACAUCACAUGCCAUGUGCGAUGCUAGUCUAUGAGUUAUCACUUAGAUUACAAAGUGCAAUUCAGCUCCAUAUGUCAUCUUCCUGAAGACCACAAAUGGCAUUACAUUACAUCUGUAUUAUUUACCUUAUGAUCAUGUAUGGAACUAUAGUGCCAGGGAUGUCCAACCUGCUGGGCUGCAUGCUGAUUUUGUGAUGACCUUUUUUGCUUACCUUUGGUGUUGGAUAUCAUAAAAAGUAUGCACGAACUCUUUAUGAUUUUUGCUAAUCAGCUUUUGUUGUUAGUGUUUAUGUAUUUAACAUGUGGCCCAAGACAACACUUACUCUUCCAAUGUGCAGCAGAGAAAGAAAGGACACCCCUUACUGCACUGAGUCUGUAUCAUUCCUGCAAUGCCCAUGUACGAAACUCUGUUGUGUCUAUGUCAUGGAUCUGUCAUAUAUCUGACUACUGUAUCUUAGUUUACAUUGUCACCCCCUUUGUAAUCAUGUAGGAUGCUACACUAUAUUUAAUUCUGUGUAACCAGGUAUGAUUUUAUCUGAUGUCUGAGUCAUUUCUUAGAAAUCCAUGUUUGAUGCUAUAAUAUUUCCACCUCAUCUCCCUAACAAACUUAUCUACAGGGCUUAGUCUGUCUGCAUCACCUCCUUUAGAAAAGUGUAUGAUUCUGCCUUAUGUCUGGAUAAUCUCUUUGAAAUCUGCUUCUGACACUGUCCUGUGUUAUGCAUAUCACUGAGAACUACAUACGAUGCUGUACAUAUUAUGGAUCAUUUCCAUUGAAAGCACGUAUGAUGUUACACUAUCCAUGCUGACCACUUGAUAACCCCGUGUGUUGAUAAAGUAUGUUGGCUCAUUGACCUCCAUUUGUGAUGCUAUGCUAUGAUUACAUCGUCUCCAUGACAACCAGCUGUGAUGCUUGUUUUAGUUGGGAUUCUCCAGAAAAACAGCACCAUCAGAACAUAUUUUAGACAUACAAAAAUGGAUUCACUAUGGGAAUUGGGUCACGUGAUUAUGGAAGCUGAGAAGUUCACCAUAUGUCACCUGCAAGUUAGAGAGCCAGGAAAGCCAGUGGUGGACUUCAGUGCACAGGUACAUCUGCACCACUGACGGUCAUGUUUGGUGAUGCACUGUACAUAUCUCAUCCCUAGAAUCUUAACUGUGUUUGUAUCAUCUCCUUGUCAACAGUGUUUGACACUACACUAUAUCUAGGUCAUC